GCUGUCGUCUAGAAAAAAUACGAGCACACUGCACUUUUCGCGCAAUUUUUUCAAUAAAAAGUUAAAAAAUAAUAUAAAUACGCAAAAUGCCGCCGAAACGCACAAAAAAAGCAGCAGUGCCAGCGGCCAGGGAUGAUCCAGCUGAAGAGCUCGAUCCCUCGCAGCCGGCGCUGUUCGUGGAGCAUUGCAAAUCCUGACGCGUCUUUCGUCGCCGGGCAGAGGAGCUGCAUGCCGCUCUCCAGGAGAGAGGGCUCCAGCAGCUCCAACUCCGGCUGAACGCAACCGGAGCUCCACGCCGCGGUGCUUUCGAAUUGAGUCUGGUCGGGCCAAGGAAAGAAAAGGAGGAAGACAAGCCGGUGCUUCUUUGGUCUGGUCUAAAGCGUGGUCCACCGCGUGCUCUCAAGUUUCCCAAUGUAGAGGAGGUGUACGCGGAGAUAGUGAGGCUUCUGGGCGGUGAGGAGUCCAAGGAGUCCGCGGAGAAAACCUCAGUGUCUGAACUCAAGAAGAACAAGCCACAGAAAGAAGCCACUGAUGAUAAAUCCCAAAAUGGACUUGAGGAGCAGCCAGAGCCCCAGGAAAAGCCUCAGGGCAGCCAGAAACGCAAGCGUUCCGCCAAAUCCACGGAGGUGUCCGCCAAGCGCGGAAAGAGGUAAUUGUUUUUCCAGAUAAAGACGACACCCGCCAGCAAUAGAGCCCCAUGAUCGAUGAUCGGCAAAUCCCCUCAAGGAACUGAUCGUUGUGAAAACCACUCUUUUCUGCCUUUGCUGGCUGGGUUAACCUUUUGCGAAAUACAAACACAAACCAAUUGUUAUUACAAAAUAUAUUAAAACAUCUUAGAAACCUAUUUCCGUUU